AUGAAGGGCCCCUUGCAGACGGCUCUCCUCGGGUUGGCAGCGGCUCGCAGCAGCACUGCAGACUUCCGGAGAGAGGCGCAGCGCGUGCUCGACGCCUUUGACUUAGAGGCCAGCAGCGACGCCAACAGCGUAGUCUUCUGGGUAAAGACUCAACAGAUCGCUGCCAACGCAGCGCUCCAGCAGCUGCAGCGCUGUCUCCCUCCACAGCAACUCCCGCAGCGGAAAGGAACGCCUGCGCUCGCAGCCAAUGACAGCCUCCUGCUCCUCGCCAUCGUCAGCAGAGCUCACACUCGCCUUGGCCUUCUCCUGGAAGGGGCCUCAAAAGCACAAGAAUGCGAAGAAGCCGCAGAGGGGCCCCUUGAUGACGCCAUCCACGCGGUGCUCAUUAUGCUGCAGCAUGUGAACAGCAAGAACCGCGCAGCCUUAGAAAACUAUGCACAGGCAACGCACAAGGGCAUCCACCACAUCGUUGCAGCUGCCGAAGAAUGGGAAAAAAGCUGCUACAGAGUCUUGGAACUGCUUACUCGACACGUCAAAUUAAUUGCACAUCUUCCAGAAGCACGGAAAGGUGCCUUGUGGCAGCUUCUCACGGGGAUGGAGGAAGGAAGCCUUCCCCAGAAAUGCGCUGUCAUUGCUGCUUCCUUGUGCCUCAUCCCUUCCUUCAAGUCCGCAACAGCUGCACACAUCAAGCGAACGCUGAGGCGGUUGCUGGUGCAACUGCGCGACUGCUGUCUUGGCGAAGAGUUGCCUGCACAAGUCACCACCAACUUAGCGCUGAUAGAGGCACUGCUGCUGCUGCUGCUGCGUCUCUCUCUCGCGUUUCCUUUAGCCUUCCGCAGCCAGUUGUUUCUCUGCUGCAUCCCACAGCUCCGUCAGAAGGCGAGACACGAUACCGAACAUCAGGCCUUACUUGAGGAAACUCAUAGGAUGAGGAAUUCUCACCUGCAGAUGGAGGGGGAGCAGCAACAGCGACAGCAAGAGCAGCACCAGCAACAGCUGCAAGAGCAACGGCAGCACCAGCAACAGCUGCUGCCGCAGGAGCAGCCACCACAAGAGCAGCUCAGGCUGCAGCAAAAACAAUAUGGCGAUCCUCAGCGUGCAGACCAUUGGCUCCAACCUACACUGGAUAGUCCUUUUCCUCUCUCGAGGAAAAUGCUCCAGCAGCAGGAGCAGCGUCAGCAGCAGGAGCAGCAAUAUCAGCACCAGCAACAGCAUCAGCAUCAGCUUCAGGAGCAGCCAUCAGCAGCAUCAGCAGUAUCACCGUCAGCAAUAUCACCGUUGGAAUGGCAGCCUCUUGCGCUGGUUGUACUGCAGAGACUUUCCCGCCUCUCGGUGCUUCGCUUGUUCUCCACCAAAGGACGAAGCACACUGCUGCAACUUUGCCGUCUUUCACUUCGCUGCUUAAGAGCGCCUUCACUCUUCGCCCCUCUCCCUGUAGCAAAACUCAUCUCCCCUUCUGCAGAACCCUUUCGUGAGCUUCUGCGCAAUUUAAUUACCUCCAUACCCCUACUCUUGGAGGAAGAGGCGGAGAGUCCUCUAACACCUCAAGGAGCAACUUCUUGGCGACUCAGAGGUCGACUAAAAGUUCACGCUGCAGUGACGCUCAGUUCAGCGCUGAACGCUCUCGACUCAUCUAAUGGAGAGUCUGCUUUGCAGUAUGCCUCUGCACACUUCCAUCCUCAAUCGUCGCCGCGAAGGAAGCUUCCAGAGUCGCCCAUAAAAACACAAGAAGUGCUGGCAAGUGCCGCCUCGUUCGGACUGUCUGGAGGCUGCAGAGAGAUGGAAAGAAAAAAGGAUUGA